AUGUCUCGACGCUGCUACGUUGAGACCAGUCCUGAUGGCCGUCCACAGCUCGUGACCAUCAAGCGCUCACGAUCCUAUCAUCACACUCAUCGACACCAAUGCGACUACUACAAAGUCAGUCGCGAAGAAUGGAAGACUCUUAUCCGCCAGAACGAACUCCUCGACGAGGCGAAUCAAGCCUACGCAGCACAAAACGAAACUCUUCGAUCAAGACUCCAUGCUUCCGAGGCCGAGACUCAUCGCCUCUGCCACGUCGUUAUACCGGCUCUCAACGACCAGGUUGCUAAGCUCUCACGAGAGAAUGAAUGCCUUCGCCGUGCCGCAGAGAAGCCGUGCGACCCUCCUGUUCAUAUACUUCCUAUCUCUACUCACAACCAUAGCGAGCUCGAGAGGCUUCGUGAAAAGGUGUGCAAGCUUGAGAAGGAGAACAAGGCGCUUAGAGACGACAAUGGCGAUCUUCGCUUCAGACUGCGUGAGCUGUCCAAGCAGGUCGACCAGAGUCUCAGCCGCAGGGUCGCGGAAUUGACCAAGCAGAUUGAGUACUGGACCAACCAAUCCGGCUUCUGGAAGAAGAAAUACGACGAACUACGGGAGAGACAUCUGGGCCUGAUUACAAUCGUCGAGUCCAAGACGGAAAAGACAGAGUACUACGAUGACGUUCUGAAGCGGCGGCGAGUCUGUUAA